UAAACUGGCAUCAUCAGUGUCACUGGCCUGACCUUUGCUGUGCAUUGCGUUAUUAGUUUGUUCGCUGUUCCUUCUUGCCAUUCUCUAAGACAAGUCUAUCACCUAAAUAUAAAAUGAGUACUAGUGAAGUUGAGCCAAUGACCAGUAAACAGAAGUCCUUCAAGCAAAGGAGGAGCUUUGCUAGUCGAAAGGAUGAGGUCGCUAGCAUCAGAUCUAAGUUCCCCAACAAAGUCCCAGUUAUCGUUGAGCGAUAUCAGAAAGAGAAGGACCUACCAAUCUUAGACAAGACCAAGUUUCUUGUCCCAGAGGAGCUGACACUUAGUCAGUUUGUGACUAUCAUCAGAAAUCGAAUGGGACUUACAAGCACACAGGCCUUCUAUCUCUUAGUCAACAAUAAGAGCAUGGCCAGCAUGGCCACCACUAUGAGUGAUAUUUAUGACACAGAGAAAGACGAGGACGGGUUCCUCUACAUGGUCUACGCCUCUCAGGAGUUCUUUGGUUAAAUGGACAAGAUUGCAAUACAUACACACACUAACAUAUAUGCAAGCACGCACGCAAACCGUUGUUCUUCCACGCAUGAAAAUAUAUUUUUAUUAGCCAAGUGUAUAUAUAUUAUUAUCUAUAUUGUUUUUUGUUGAUUUAAUUUUAGUUCUAAUUAUUGAUGCACUGAGCAUGCUCUUUGUUAUAGUUGCUUUUUCUGUGUCUUUUCAUUCUAUAAUUUUUGCCAAUUAUUACAUGUAUUAUUAUUAUUAUUAUUAUUAUUAUUAUUAGUGUAACAUCUUAAUUGCUGAAUUUGUCAAUUACAUAUUAAGAUUGAUGAUUUUUGCAAAUUAAUUAUUAUUUUUUUCAAAGUUUUCCCUAA